UGCAUUAGUGUCAAGCUAUGCAUUCUUCGCUUCAUCCACCUUCCAAACUCGAACGACCAUCUCCUCACCGUCGUGUCUCUCCGCCGCUGCCACCACACCUCCGGCAUCCCCAACAGAGUGAUGGAAGAAAAAGUGAAAUUGGCUCAUUACAAAGUCGGGUCUUUGCCAACUCUAUUUUAUGUUCCUGACUUCAUCACAGACAGUGACCAAAGCCUUCUACUCAACAACAUUUAUGGAGCCCCUGCAUCAAAGUGGAAGAUAUUGAAGAAUAGAAGGCUACAAAAUUGGGGUGGUGUUGUCCAUGAGAAGGGCCUUCUACCUCAAAUUUUGCCUCCAUGGUUAACAAAUCUCACGCAAAAAAUAUAUGAAGAAUCUGGGCUAUUCCCAUCAGCACUCAAUCAUGUUCUUAUCAAUGAAUACCUACCUAACCAAGGCAUAAUGCCACACCAGGAUGGACCUGCCUAUUUUCCAGUGGUAGCUAUUCUAUCACUUGGAUCUCCUGUUGUCAUGGACUUCACUCCCCAUGCAAGAUUCAAACAGGAUUCCCAAGAUGAUGUUUGCAAAGAUUCAGAUGGAGGAACUUUUGAGAUUGGGAAAGAUAAGUGGCUUGAUGAUAACCAUCCAUUCUCCAUUUUAUUGAUGCCUCGCAGCUUACUGAUAUUCAAGGACAAGGCAUACUCAGAUUACUUGCAUGGUAUAAAAGAUUGUGCAGUACAUUGCUAUGAUGGGGCUGUAAAUGAAGCUGAAGCUUUGAAACACAAGGAAUCAGAUGGAAACUUGUUUAGCUCAGAGGAUGAUGAAUUGGAAACAAUAGGAAAGGGGGAAUAUAAGAAUAUAUCAAGAAAAUCCACUAGAAUUUCAUUGACUUGUCGAUUGGUACCGAAAGUUCACAAAAAUUUGUUUAGGUUUUGAAAUUAUAUAUUUUGUUCCAUCCCCAUCCCAUCUAAAGUUCAACUGUAACCUCUUCUGUGUUUUUUUCUCUCCUUGGGGGCUUUCUUACAUUAUCAUCUUUAGGCUAUGUUUAGAUAUCUAAUGCUGAGUGGAAUGAAAUGAAUUGAGAUGGAAUGGAAUAAAGUUAUUAUUUUAUUGUUUGUA